CAAAACGGGACUCAAAGUGUUCUUAUGGAAAAAAAUACGGUCUUUUAUAAAGGCACACCGGGAUAAAAGAGCAAAAUAAAUCAAUUAUAAAGAAAAAGGGGAGCUCAUAUAUAGAGGCUCCCAUAAAAGCAAACCUCUGCAAUAGGAUAAACCAGAAAUAUCAAUCAUGGACUCGCGUAAUCGGCGCAGUUUCUCCGGUGGCAGUGGAAAUGAGGGGGGUCGGGGCAGUAAUUACUACAGAUCCAGACCGGGAUCUCGAUAUAGCCGUUCCCGAUCGCGUUCUCGCGAGCGCAAUCGCAGUUUUGGAGGCUACAGACAUCGCAAUUCUCGUUCUCGGAGUCGCGAUCGUUCCCCCGUCUUCAGACAAGAUCAUCGUGGUGGUCGCGGUGGAAAUGGUGACCCCGAUUUGUAUCACAGCCUCAUAAACGAUGACUACAGGGAGGAUCAGCGCAACUACAAUCCCCGGAAUAACUUUGACAAUCGCCAGUUCCGGAGAGAAGACAGCUUCGAUCGUCGGAAUCAUCGGAGCGAUAGAGAAUGUGGUGAUAGUGAUCGGGAGCAGAAUGAUUAUGAAUACGAACAGCGCUGCCGGGAUCUCGAUUCCCGGGAAUCGCGUCACUCCAUGGAAAGGGGCGACAGGGGGUUCCCGGACAGAGGUCAAAGCAGGGAGCAAAGUAGACCCUGGAACAGGAACUUCAGCCACGACGAUCGGGGCAGGAGCAACGAAAGGAACACACGCCCCCGAGAACAGCGCUUUCACAACGGCGGUGGGAACCACAAUAUGCCCAAUCAUAAUAGAGAACGAGAAAGGGAUUGGGAUGAAGAUCGAGAUCGAGAUCAGGAAAGAGAUCGAGAUCGAGACCGGGAAAGAAGAGGUUCUUCGGAUUAUGACAGUGAUGAAGGUCAUAUGCGGAGGAACAAGUACCGAGGUGCCACCGAAGCACUCAACAUAAUUAUAAUCUUCGGUCUCACCAAGGAAAUGACCAGAGCAGAUAUCAUGAGCGAGCUGAUCAAGGUGAACAUGGAGCCAGCGUGCAUUCGAAUUAUCCGGAAACAUGGAACAGAUUCAUCACGCGGUAUAGCGUUUGUCGAGUUUAACACCGUUGAGGAGGCGAAGCAAUGGAUGGAAAUUACACAGGGCGUGCUAAAGUUGAACGAUCAGCGUGUGAGCAUGCGGUAUAGUCACAAGAGGAUACAGGAUUGGAAUUGCAAUAAGUGUGGCGUCUGCAACUUCAAGUUUAGAUUCUAUUGCUUUGUGUGCAAAACAUCGCGGGAAGAUAGCGAAACCACAUUCUCCUCCGGCAGCGAAGGCGUUGAUGAAGUCAGCGCCAUUCUCACCAAAAAGAUUAUGCUGCGCAAUCUGGAUGCUUUGACCAACGAGGAGGGUGUGCUCACUGCCCUCCAGCAGCAUCUGCCGGUAUUGAGCAAGACGGUCAGCAAGGUGCUUAUAAGUCGGGACACCUUGACUCAGGCAUCGCGAGGCAUUUGCUACCUUAACUUUGACACUCUAGUUGACUCCAUGAAUGUGCACAAUGCCCUCACAUCGCUGGAUCCUCCUUUAACCCUAGAUGACCGACUUGUUGCGGUAACCUAUUGCAAUGACUUGGAGGAGCGGCAAGCAAAGCCCAAGGAUCCAAAAGCCACGACAGCGAAAGCCAUCGAACCAGGGCUUCCAAGUGGCGACAUUUCUGCCGUGCCACCCUCGGGAUUGGGUGGCAGCUACACCCUGGCCGAUGUGCCACGCCUUGCCGAAUACAGUGCCUCCUUGUAUGCUUCAAAUCCCGCGGAGCAUGCCCACUACGUCCAGUACUACACCGAGUAUUACACGGCCGAUAUAAGCAAGAAGAGUGAUCCUCACGUGACGGAGGCCAACUCCGGAGCAGCAGUGGCCCUUUCGGCCAUCCAGCGCAAGCAGAAGAAGAUGAACAGCAUUGAGACCACGAUCACCGCAGCCGCGACAGCUGCAGCACAGGCAGCGGCGGAGGUGAAGGCCACUUUUGCUGCCCAGGGAGUCAGUGCGCCCAGGGGCAACGAUGGAAAGACCUACCCCACUCCCGAUGUGACCCAAUAUCAGUACGAUGAGACAUCUGGUUAUUAUUACGAUCGCAGCACGGGUCUCUACUACGAUGCCCACUCGCAGUACUACUACAACAACGAGACGGGUGCGUAUCUCUACUGGGAUCAGCGGAGGAGCACCUACGUUCUGGCCACGCCCGCUUCCACUCAGGCAGCGCUCCAGGAAGUGUUAGCUGAAGCGGAGCAGAAAGAGGACGAGGCCAAGAAGGCCAAAGAGAAGGAGAAGGACAAGGAGGGCGGCAACAAGCACGACAAGGUCAAGGUGGCCAAGAAGAUUGUCAAAGACAUGGAGAAGUGGGCCAAGCAGCUGAACCAGAAAAAAGACUACACGGCAGUGGCCACGCCGCAACCCAUUCUGGCCAACGAAGGACCCAGCACAUCGACACGCGGCAAUCAAGGCGGAUAUGCCGAUGUGGGAUUCUCGAUUCUCGAGAAGAAGGAGCGUGGCAAGCUGAACGAUUAUGUGGCGGCUCCUGGUCCCAUGAACAAGCUGGUAAAUGCUUAUGGCGGAGCAUCGGACUCCGAAGAGGAGAGUGCUGCCAAUUUCCAGAAUGCACAGGGUUCAGCGGGAUCAGGAGUUAUUUCUGAACGAAGCGGUGGCGCCGAAGAAUCGGAUUAUGUGGACUUGCAAAAGCUUACCUGCCUGCUCUGCAAGCGAGCCUUCCAAUCGCUGGAAAUAUUGCAGAAGCACCUGAAGAUGUCCAAUCUGCACAAGGAGAAUCUGGCCAAGCUCAACCAAAAUUCGGCAGCAAAUAGCAUUGAUGAGGCACUGUCUUAUCGUGAUCGCGCCAAGGAAAGGAGGCUUAAAUACGGCGAGAGCGAUCCUCCUCCGCCAAAUCGCAGCAGGGAGAGAUUCGAGCAGGAAAUCAAGACUUUGCAGAAGGGGCAGAAGGAUGCCUCUGGAAACGCACCAGCCAUGCCCAUUAGUUCCAGUAAUGUGGGCAGUCGCUUGUUGCAGAAAAUGGGCUGGUCGGAGGGCCAGGGAUUGGGCAGAAAAAACCAAGGACGCACCCAGAUCAUUGAGGCUGAUGGACGCACCAACAACGUGGGUUUGGGCAACAAAUCGGGUCAGAUGAUUCCCGGAAACGACUACAAGUCCUACAUCAAGAAGAUGAUGAAGCAGCGUUAUGAAAACGCCUGAGACUAGGAUUUACUGCCUAAAACACUCUUAAAAAUGUAGAGCCGUUUUCACGUGUUCCUUUUUGAGCUAAAAUGGGUCGUUGAAUUUUAAGCUAAAAAGCAAGAAAAGCUACUAGCAUACCAUAUUAUAUAUGAAUCUUAUUAAGCAUUUUCUGUUGCCAAUUUAAACUGAUAAAUAUAUAUAUUUUUCAUUUGGCACUGGGCAACUUGCAUACACUUUAAACUUGACCGGAAAGUGUAAAAACGGCUUUUUAGCUAUUAAAUUAUAGAUUGAAUUAUGAUUAAGCAAACUCAUACCCCCGAAGUGUACAAAAAUAAAUUUAAAUAAUGUCAAAAUGUUUAAACGAUUAAAAUAACAGGGAAAUUUAAAAUCGUUUGAUAUAUUAGCAACUUCAAACCUUCGUUGUACAAAAAUAAAAUUUAGUUAACGGAUAAAAGUUUAAA